AAUAUAGUAAUACUUUUCAUAUUUCGGGACUUUUCUCGGCCCUGAUCAAAUUCGUGUUCCAGAAAACCCUAGAAUCCAAUUUUGGAGGAAAGCCAAAACCCAUAGCCAUUGAAUGACAUUUUUCCUUCCGUCGAGCUUAAGCGUUCUUCAUUGAUGGCUACACCAUUGAUUACAGGAAUUGCUGUUGCUGCAGCAGCUUACGCUGGUAGAUAUGGUCUUCAGGCUUGGCAGGCAUUCAAGGCGAGGCCGCCAACAGCACGACUGCGCAAGUUCUAUGAAGGUGGCUUUCAGCCUACAAUGACAAGGAGGGAGGCAGCUUUAAUUCUUGGAGUUAGGGAGAGCACUCCAACAGAAAAGGUGAAAGAAGCGCACAGGAAGGUGAUGGUUGCAAAUCAUCCAGAUGCCGGUGGCAGCCAUUAUCUUGCUUCCAAGAUCAAUGAGGCCAAAGACAUCCUGCUUGGGAAAACCAGAGGAAGCAAUUCUGCAUUCUGAUGAUCGUUGCUGCCAGUUAUUUGUUCACUUAGCAAGCAUAUCUCAACAAAACGCCGAGGACCGCCAAUUUUCUUGCUUACCUGGUGUGCCAAAAUUUUUACAUUAAUUAAAUUUACUUAUGUCUGAUUGAUUCCUAGAGAUCUCACAUGUAUACUUCCUACUCUGGAUUUAUUGAAAACAAUGAGAAAUCCUGUUAGUUUGACUCUGAUUACUUGCUAUUUAGCAAUAAUGUAUUAUGGAUAAGCUUCUUCCUAUAAAUUCUGGGAACUUUUCUGUGUUC